GACAAGAGGAGGUGUGGAGACUUGUGUGCGCUUACUGUACGCCACGCUCUCUCUGAGCCUUGAUAAACAUACCCCUGGCCCAAGGAUUCGACAGCCAUGUCAGCUUCGAGGAUCCAGACGAGAUUCGCCUAUCAGGCCGAAAGCAUAACCUUGUCGACUCGUCACCUUUUCCUGUCAAUGGCGUGCCAUGGCUGGGGAGACACUGCCAGAGACCCUUUUGUUUUAAGGCCUCCUUCAACUUCAGGCCUGUCUUUCUCUUCUCCUUCCGUGCGGAUUGUUGUCGAGCCUUUUUCACGCCAUGUUGAGCUCUCAGUACACGGCUGCACUGGUAGCGGCUUCUGUUCUCUCUUUCGUGGCAUGGCUCCUGUCUUUCUCCCUGAAAUGGCGCCGUCAGCGUGCUAAGUAUCGACAUCUUCCAUGUCCACCUCACGACUUUUGGUGGGGUCAUUUGAAAAUCAUAGGCAUGGCGAGAAGGGAAAUGCCGCCAGGAUGUAAGUCCCAAUGGAGUUGAGGCCCUUGAAAUGGACCUUUUCAAGUUCCUGGCCUAAGUGAUAUGGCUUCCGAGGGCCUGUGAUCGGUGAACAAGGACACUGACCGCGCUCAAGUCCACUACCAUGCUUUGAUGUAUUACAUCGGUGAAAAGUACAACAUGCCGCCAGUGUUCUACCUGGACUUGUGGCCGAUCAGCAACCCUCUGAUGCUUGUCCAUGAUCCCGAUGUGGCCUAUCAAAUCACCCAAGCGAAGAGCCUUCCCAAGCAUCCCGUCAACUCCAAGGUCUUGGGACCUCUGGUCGGCUCGCACUCAGUCGUGACUGCUGAAGGACAAGAGUGGAAAAUGCUCCGGUCGAUCCUCAAUCCCGGCUUCUCGACCCAGUAUCUCUCAACGUUGGUCCCCCUCCUCGUCCGGCACGGGCUCGUCUUCAAAGACCGAAUCUCAAAUUACGCGUCGACCGGCGAAGUCUUCCCAAUCCAGGAGACAGCCAUGUCCCUGACGAUCGACGUGAUCGGCGAGGUGGUGCUGGGGAAGAACUUCGACUCCCAACGCCGACCAAACGAGUUGACAACACACUUCCAGAAGGCCGUCUUGUGGGCUGGACCAAGCAUGGACGUCAUCUCGUGGAAUCUGAGCAGGCCGUUCAAGUGGUGGCAUUGCGUGCAACAGGACCGAAUCAUCGAGGACAUGAUUCGCGAGAGACACGCCGAGACGAAAUCCACGAAUUCCCCCGGGACAAAGGCCGCUGUAGAUUUGUUUCUUCAGGCUUAUCGCGAGGAAAAGAUGGGGACGUCGGGCAAGGGCGGAAGCCGGACGGACGAGCUUGAUCCGGAAUUCAUGCUUCUUGCACGCAACAACGUCAAAACACUGCUCCUGGGAGGCCAUGACACAACUUCAUCAACAAUAGCAUACACCCUGGCCCUCCUCUCCGAACCCUCAAACGCCCACGAACUCGCUCGGAUCCGCGCCGAACACGACGCCGUGUUCGGCCCGGAUCCUUCCAAGGCCGCGUCCAUGCUCCUCUCCGACCCCAGACUGCUCAGCAACCUGCCCGUCACGACUGCGGCCGUCAAGGAAUCCAUGCGCCUCUUCCCCACGGCGAGCACCACGCGCACGACCCUGCCCAACCACCCGGUCCAGACGGUGGCGUUCCGGGGCCAGCAGCUCCCGCUCGAGGGGCAACAGGUCUGGAUCGCACACUACGGAUUCGGCCAACGCGGCGACCUGUGGCCCGAACCGCGCAAGUUCGUCGUCGACCGCUUCAUGCCCGGCGGAACCCCGCAGCCCAAGGACGCGUGGCGGCCGUUCGAGAAGGGCCCGCGCGGCUGUCUGGGCCUGGAGCUGGCGAUGAUGGAGCUCCGCCUGGUGCUGGUCCUGCUGUGUCGGGACUUUGACUUUGAGACCGCCUACGCCGAGGGCGCGCCCAGGGCGCCCCCCGAUCACGGCGUCCAGGGCGGCAGGGGCUAUCAGAUCAUCGAAUUCGCGGCCAAGCCCGUCGGGCAUAUGCCCAUGCGGGUCCGCCGGCGGAAGAUACAGUGAAUUUUGGGCAUUUGGUGGAGGAACAGGGCAGCAAGGGCUUGCGGGAUGAAAAAGCAGAUAACUUCUGAGCAUGUGAAGGCAAGGUGGAUUUCACGUUCGCGGGCAAAGCUCGAGUCUCACCGUUACUGAAGUUCGGGACGGCGCGCAAGGGGGUUGCGGCGACUGUUAACGCUCCAAUCUGCGGGCAGUGAUAGGGCUCUCCUUGCAUGUGAUGAUACGCACAAAUAUCGGAAAGCGAGUCAGCCCUACGCCGGUGUACACGCAGAGCGGUAAAUUGAGCGGGCACACCGCCGACCAGCGAUGCUGUUCUGUCCCCCCCGACAUGUAUGGACGUAUGUCUCCGUGGAACCCCUGACUGGGCAAGAAGACUUUUGUGGUGCGCGAAAUUGAAGGGUCAGAAGGAAUACUGCAUUGCCUUGUCUGCACGAGUGACUGCGACUCUUGCCAACCGAAGUUUCCCUCUUCUAAGGCCCUCAUCUACCACGUCCGGUUCUUCCUCGUAAGCUG